UCCGAAGCGCUGAAGAAAAAGCAGGCAGCUAUUUCUCUCCCCUCCCCUCGCUCCUCUGCCCUCCCCUUCGCAAAAACUUCUGACAUUUCAAGCCUCCACUCAAGAGCAGCUCCAUGACCUCCUGAACAACGUGGAACCAAAAGCAUAGAUAGAUAGCCGGAGUAGAAAGAACAGGAAACCGUGUUUUCUGCUAAGCGUCUUGGUGGGACGGAGGCUUCUAGUCAUAACUUCUGCCCCUCACCUCACGGUCUGGAGAAGGGCUCGAGGGAGGAGAGAGCCUGAUGAUGAAGUGACGUUGGGCGUGUACCGCGCUCCAGAAUUCUUCGCCCACACCAGCUCUUUGGUGGCUCGGUCAAGAUGUGAGCGGAUGAUUUCUUUUGUUUAACACCGUGGACUUCCUGAUUUAGGGCUUUUCUUCUUUCACUUUGACCAGAUUUGCCCCUUCCCAUCCCAUGUGUCGUGGGGCCAAUGGUUGAUCUGAAGGUGUAUUUACUCUGAUCUGGAUUAGUUACCGAAGCCUGAUGAAGAACAAGGCUGCCAAGCUGAAGUCCAAAAGGAAAGGAACUGAAAAUGCAUUCGGCUGUGACUUGACUGAACAUCUGCAGAAUUCAGGACAAGACGUUCCUUAUGUUCUGAAGACUUGUGCAGAGUUCAUAGAGAAACAUGGCAUUGUGGACGGAAUCUACAGACUCUCAGGAAUCACAUCUAACAUUCAGAAACUCAGACAGGAGUUUUGCUCUGAAACCUGUCCUGACCUCACUAAAGAAGUGUAUCUUCAGGAUAUCCACUGCGUGGGAUCUCUAUGUAAGCUGUACUUCAGAGAGCUGCCCAACCCGCUCCUCACCUAUGAACUCUACAAGAAAUUUACAGAUGCAGUGUCAUUUAAAGAGGAGCAGGAGCAGCUCCGAAAGAUCAGGAGUGUCAUCAAAGAACUUCCUGUUCCACACUUCAGAACUCUGGAAUACCUCACCAAACAUCUGGCACAUUUAGCCACUCUCAGUCACCAAACCAACAUGCACACUCGCAAUCUCGCCCUGGUGUGGGCUCCAAAUCUACUCCGCUCCAAGGAGGUAGAGGUGCCCUCCUGCAAUGGUGAUAUAGCAUUUCUGGAGGUGCGGGUCCAGCAGUCAGUGGUGGAGUUCAUUCUCAACCACACUGAGCAAAUCUUCAACCAGGGAGUUCAGUCAUCCAAGUCCAGAGAAGGCCCCAGCAUGGCCUGUGGGGAGAAGUACGCCACCCUGCCUGCCAGCACUCAGCACUCGUGUGGCCCCAUGAAGCUCAUGAGUCUGGAAGAGGCGCAGGCUCGCUCUCUCAGUCCCAACCACCCAGUAAUGAGAGAGAGGCAGAGAGAGAACAGCCUUCCAGAUACCAGCACUGCUGCAAUGUAUCACACAGUAAUAGACCUGUCUGACAGCAGAAGAAAAUUCUCAGGAAAAUCUAAGAAGUGGAAGUCCAUCUUCAGUCUUGGACGAUCCGUCAUCGACUCUAAAGGGAAGCUGAGUCGCAAUGGGAGUGUGUUUAUGAGAGCCCAAAAUCCCUCAGAAAAACCUGCUAUACGGCCGUCCAAAAGCAUGGACUCUCUCUGUUCCUUUCAGGCAGCAGAUGAGGACAAAGCGCCAACAGAAGGAAGCAACGGCAUCUUUGUCCCAAUUCUCAAAUCCCGAACCCUGGGCUCGGAUAUCGACUACGAUCUGAACAAGAGGGAUCCAAAAUGGGACUUAGAUCCUCACGCUGCUUCAGGAGGAUGUCUGAAUGAGAAAACAGAAGGAGCAUCAAAUGCCUCCUCCUCAUCUCCAUCUUUAUCCCCACUGCAGAAAACUCUUCCAGAACAGCUGAAAGUUUUCAAAGGCGACGACCGCAGCGGCUGCCAGCCCACAUCUCCCAAAAACCGCCGGAUGUUGUAUUCUGGGUCUUCCGGUAACGGAUCGUCUAGACCGUCUUUUCCGGGAAGUCUGUUUCCGCUGGAGUCGUCGCCACGCCACCAACGGAAGGCCCUCAACAUCUCCGAACCCUUUGCGGUGUCCGUGCCUUUGCGCGUGUCUGCGGUUAUUAACUCGAACAGCACCCCCUGCAGGGCGCCUGGGAAAGAGCGGGACAGGGGUUUGGGGGCACUCUUCAAGCCCGCUAAGGAGGCUGGACCUCUGGAAGCCCAUCGCGGCGAAAGUAUCGGCACUGCUGGAUUGCGCGCCCCCAGCGGUAGCAGCAGCGGGAACUUUACGUUCACAGACUGGGAGACUGGACUGGCAGGUCACACCAGCACUACUGGGUACAGAGAGCACCCGCUCAACGACAGCAGCGGAGGCAGCGGAUGCAGUAUCUAUAGCAACAGCAGCUCUUACCCCGUGGAAAAUGAGGAUCAGGCUGGGGAAAGAGAUGUUACAGACACGCUCACUCUGGGGACAACAAAGAGCAAGGAUGCCGAAGUGAGAGAGCUGAUAGCCAGCGUGGAGAAUUUUGAACCUCAGGUGUCGUCUGAGACUAAAGAAACAGGGGAGGAACUGGAAACCACAUCAACACAACAAGAAAUGGCAAAAUUGGACAAACUGGAUGUAAACAAAAAUGUGCCAUCGUCUGGCAGGCAUCAGAAAGUUUCAGUCAGCGAGGCUAAAACAAGCAUGUCAGAUGAACAGGUGAAGCCCAGCUUCACCAAGAUGACUGGAAAUCAGGACACUUGCAAGCUAAGUGCCCAAGCACAGAGAAGAAGUAGUUUGCCUACAAACACUGUAACAUCAAAGGGACUCUUUAUAGACCUUGGCAAAAACGUUACGUUUGAUCAUUCUGGUGCUACUACGUUUAACUCUGUCAUAAAGCAUUUCCCCGAAAGAUUGCUGUCAUGUGAUGGAGGCUGGAAUUACUUGGAUAAUGAAGCUGACAGGACAGAGCACAAGCGCCUAGAGUCGCAAACCAUAAUAACAACCAAUCUAGAGCUUUCCCCAUUUCUCCACCUGAAGGAAACAGAUAUUCUCCAAGAUGCAGAGCCAUGCAGUGAAGAGGAGCCAAGAACAGAUGCUGUUAGGAAAGACAACACUUCCAAACGUGACUUGUCAGAUAAUCCAAGCAGCUCUGUAAAAUCAGAAGUUCACUCUGACACAAAAGAACCAUUAAUAACAAAAGAUAUCUGUAAAAAUGAAAGCAAGGAGGUUAGUGACGAACCAAAGAAACUUGACUUAGCAGAAAGAAUCAAGGGAAGUUUGGAAAGGCUCUCGACUUGUCUGAACGAACAACGUCGCACGUUGGAAAGUUUUUAUCAAGAUGAUUUGGACACAUGGGGAAGUAAUUUGGGUGGUUUGGAUCAGGUUGAACCAUGGGAGGACUUGUGCUCUGCCAAGCAGUGGGUAACCAGCCCUCUGCACUCACCAAAACUUGAGGAUCUCUUACCUACGGCAAGAGAGGCCGUGCCAUGUCAAGCAACAGCCAGCCAAAUUCUUGACAAACCAAAAGUGGACGACUUGGCCAGCAGCAAGAAGGUUGAAGCUAAAGAACCAGCUGUGCUUAGUGACAUUGCAUCAUCUCAGACUGAGGCUGCUGUGACAGCUGCCUGUGAACUUGGAAACUCUGACUUCCCAACAGGAAACAAAAAUGCAGACACAGAUGUAGCUUGUUUUGCACAGAUAACAGAGCAUUUGGAGAGCGAUAACCUCAAGUGGAUGGGAGACAAAGAUGACAGCAAACUGGAGAGUCCACAGGUUAAGAUAUUGAAGACGUACAGCGAUCCAGAUGAGACCGCUGGACCGCAAAACACGAGCAAAGCAAAACAGAAACGCUCUUCUGCAUCUCAGAGAUUUCAUCGACAAACAUCCCACGAGUCCGGCACCGUGGAGAGAAGUCAUGAAAACUGUAAACCCAAGCUCAGGCCGUGCUCCCUAAACCUUGAUUUAGGACACCAAGGUGUCAGAGACAUUUCAAAUAGUCACUAUCUGAAAAGUGCAAAACAUCCGGUGACGCGCGAAUGUGCGACACCUGAAGCCAAGCUCGGUAGCUCAUCUCUGGAGUUGGAGCUGUUCCUGAGUGGCUCCAAGGCACCUGUGCGACGCAACUCGGCGCCGGUCAGCGUGUCGUCAGUUCGCACGGCGUUCAUGAUCAAAACGUGCAAAGCUAAAGCUGUUCCUGUUAUUCCACCAAAAAUUCAGUACAGCCACAUACCUCACGCUCUACCGGAAGGGAGCACCGAUCAAGCCAAUAAAAGCACACCUGAGAAGAAACCUGCUAAGAGCAAGCUGGGAAAAACAGGUUCUGCGCCUCCUCUCCAGAAGGUUAAGGACCACAGGGAGGAGCUGCCAAGCAGCGAUCCACCGUCAGCGCUCCAACGACAGCUUUCCAUGAACGAGAAUUACAAUCCGACCUCCAUUCCAGAUCUUCCGGUGUUGAGGAGGAAGCGAUCUGCGAAUGGAGACACCUUUAUGGAUCGUCCUAGACCUGAGCGCUCAUCGCUUCUUCAGAGAUCGUCCUUCAGAAAUCGCCCAAGACCUCAAAGUCUCAUCCUGUUCAGCCCUCCGUUUCCAAUCAUGGACUACCCUCCGGUAGGGGAUGACGGUAAACUAGUCCUAUCUCCUAUUAAAGCCGAAGCGUCACCAUUUGACGUCUACGCAAAUGAACUAGCCGAAAACCUCAAAACUCCCGAGGGAGUGACGUUGCGUAACAAAAUGACUUUGCCAAAGAGCGGACAAAGGCUUGAGACCUCAACCAGUUGCUUUUACCAGCCACAACGGAGGUCAAUGAUAUUUGACAACAGAAGUAACAGGCAAAUUGAAUGAGAUGACACUGACCCGUUACUGGCCGUCAUGCGAUAACUAGCAAACUUCUUGCUUAUUAAAUGUGACCGAGUGUCAGUAUACUUUAUAGAAACACACAGUGAUGCUUGGAAAUCAUGGUGGCUUUAAUCCUGAUAAAACAGAAUUGUAAGUAUUAAGCUUUGUGUAAGAUGCUGCUGCUAAGGAUUUAUAUCAGAGAUUUUUUUUCUAUCUUUACAAGGAAAACUGAAACAUGCCUUAGGAUAAACCUGGGAAACUCAGCAGGCUCCUACUGUCUUUGUAAAUACAGACUGUAAAAGCAUGUCAUGUGGAAAUUAAGGUUUUAGCGUCUGUUGUUACUUUAUCACGAUUGGAAUAUUAAGUUUACAAUUGGAGGCCUUUAAAAAUUAUCUACAAAUCUGCAUGAUAAAAUCAGGUAUUGCGUGCCAGCAAUGAGAUAAAAAAUAAAACCAUUAAAGCAGUUCCAAAAAUGGCAAAAAAACAAACAUUUAUUUAUUCCAUAUUGUCUUGUUUUGUCAUUGUUAUACACAUCUGUACUUCCAAGUCCAUAAAUAGUAAAAAUCAAUUUGUACAAAUGUUUAGAGUAAAAGUCCAGCGGUCUGAAGAUAGUUUAAAGGUCAAUGUUCUUGAAUAAUUCAAACAAUGUUUCAAGCUGUGUUGUUCUUUAGUAGAAACGGUUUCAAAUCUCCUGAUUACUUGGUUAACAAAAAUGUAUGAAAAAAAUGAUGUUAUGCUGAGGUCUCAAAAAUAAGAAUAUAUAUAAAAAACUGUCAAUGUUUUAUAUAAACCAUAAAGCAGAGACGUUUUGACAAUGUAUACUGAAGCAAGGCAGAGACAAAGAUGAUGACAUUGUCAGUUAUUGUAAUCAAAUAACACUUUGUAAUAUGCUCUUUUUGUAUUCAAUCAAAUUGGAUUUAUUGUAUGUAUUCUAUUCUAAACAAAAUAAAAAGUAUUUCACAUGUAA